AUCUUUGCAUAUUCCUUCUUGGAAGAUCAAGUUUGUUCUCUUCGUCGCAAAGCGGCGAUGGCCGCCACUGCCGCCGCUGCGUCUAGCGCCACAUUCGCGCUGGGACGAUCUUCUUCUGGCGUCUCGCAGCUUCGUCCAGCUCGGGGAAGUUCUCCCUUGCUCAUCGCCGGCAAGAGGAAAUCGGCAAGAAUUUCGGCAACAUUGCUGACAGAGAAGCCAAAUUCGCCAGCGCCAGCAUCGCAGGAGCCAGAAUCUUUGCCAGGGAAUGAAGAACAACAGGAAGAAGCUCGAUUGGCGAGCAGCUCGAGCUCAUCUAGCUCCGACAAGCCCGAGUCGUGGAUCAUUCGGGUGGAGCAAGGUUUCAAUCUGUUCGCUACGGAUUUUGUAAUAGCAAUCUUAGAUCGACUGUAUGCUGACCGGGACUACGCAAGAUUUUACGUUCUCGAAACAAUCGCAAGAGUUCCUUACUUCGCUUUUGUGUCUGUUCUUCACAUGUAUGAGAGUUUCGGGUGGUGGAGACGAGCAGACUAUCUCAAAGUACAUUUCGCUGAGAGCUGGAAUGAGCUCCAUCACUUACUCGUCAUGGAGGCUUUGGGUGGAGAUGAGCGAUGGUUUGAUCGCUUCCUCGCUCAACACAUCGCCGUAGCUUACUACUUCCUCACUUCGCUUAUGUACACCAUCAGUCCACGCAUGGCAUAUCACUUCUCCGAAUGCGUGGAGAAACACGCGUUCUCAACUUACGACAAGUUCAUCAAGGCCCAUGGAGAGGAGCUAAAGAAGCUUCCCGCUCCACAGGUUGCCGUGGAUUACUACACGAAAGGCGACCUUUACAUGUUUGACGAGUUCCAAACAGACAGGCUUCCUGAAACACGACGGCCAAGAGUCGAUAAUCUCUAUGACGUGUUUGUCAACAUCCGAGAAGACGAAUGGGAGCACUGCAAGACGAUGAAGGCCUGCCAAGUUCGCGGCAACCUCCAUUCCCCUCACUCCACAAAGCUCAAAGAUCUUCCAGACGAAGCACAAGAUGAAAAGGAAGAUGAAGAAGACGAAGAAGAAGUGGCCGAAUGCGCGGGCAUAGUGGAGUGCGCGAUUACAGCAACAUCACACGCGGAGCGAGUACGCAAGAAGAGCACGGCAUUGCUCAAGCAAUGAGUGCUUAUACGAUCACUAAAGCGAUCAUCGGAAGUAUAUAGAUCGAAAGAUUGAUAACUUCAAUCCGCCAGCAGGCCUCUGUAAAAGAUAGGCCUCUGUAAAAGAUAACGCACCUUCUUCUUUU